GUGCACUGAAGAAUCACUUCAUCCCUGGAGAUUCAAUCCAGUUUCUCUGCCAUCCGAUCCCAUCUAAUUAGGACUUUGUGGUCGAAACCGUUUCUUUUCUAAAGCUUGUCGAGCACUUCAACCUUGCAAAAAUUUAGUACUAUAUCGAUUCGAUACCAAUUAAUAUACUGUGCACACUGAAUUAGACCCCUUUCUUUAGUCAUUUUUUCGAAGUCUAGAACCACAACCCAGUGCCUUAUCCCAUAGAACAGAGGCUUGGCCUCCCAUUCCCCCAUUCAUCAGCAUCUUGCCCUCCCACCCCAUCUCCGCCGGCCAAGGGAAGAGGAGAUGCACAGCCUCUACUCCACCCUCCACUACUACCUAGUCGACCACCCAACCAUCGCCCAAUUCCAAUGGAUACAAAACCAAACACCCUUUUCCUCUCUCCCCUCUCUAACCCUAACCCUCCUCACCUACCUCUCCCUCACCUUCCUCCUCCACCGAUCCCGCCUCCCCCCUCUCCCCUCCUCCCUCCUCCGCCCCAUCUCGGCCGCCCACAACCUCCUCCUCCUCCUCCUCUCCCUCACCAUGGCCCUCGCCUGCUCUCUCUCCGCCCUCUCCCAAUCCCCCAACCCCAAACACAUCUUCUGCUUCCCCAUCAACCAGACCCCACCCAAUGGCCCCAUCUUCUUCUGGGCCUACAUCUUCUACCUCUCCAAACUCCUCGAAUUCGUCGAUACCCUCUUGAUCAUCCUGUCCGGUAGCGGCAAGCGGCGGCUGUCCUUCCUCCACGUGUACCACCACGCGGUGGUGGUGGUCAUGUGCUACCUCUGGCUGUCCACGUCGCAGUCGUUGCUCCCCGUGGCGCUUGUUACCAACUCCGCCGUGCACACGCUGAUGUACGCCUACUACUUGCUGUGCGCGCUGGGGAGGCGGCCGCGAUGGAAGAGGGCGGUGACGGACUGUCAGAUCGUGCAGUUUGUGUUUAGUUUCGCGGUGUCGGGUUUGAUGCUGUACUAUCAUUUCACGGGACUAGGGUGCUCCGGGAUCUGGGGUUGGUGCUUCAAUGCGGUUUUCAAUGCUUCGCUUUUGGGGCUUUUCGUUGAUUUUCAUGCUAAGAAUUAUGCUCGGAGGAGGAAGAAGGAGGAUGGUGAGAAUAAAUUGGAUUGAUGUUAACCCCGAGCGGUUUCGCAAAGUGGGCACGAGAAAGGAACUGCCUGGAGACUCCUCCUGGACCAUGAGAAAAAUCUUUGGUCUUAGGUGACUUGGUCAACAGUUUAUCCAAUCUCAGAUCGGGAAUGGUGAGGAUACAUUUCUAUGGCUGGAUAAUUGGCACAAUCUUGGCCCCUUGCUGCUCAGAUAUGGUGCUGGUGUGAUUUGUAACCUUGGUAGAUCUCUUCAGGCAAAGGUAUGCACUAUAAUUCAUAAUGGAGGCUGGAGAUGGCCUAGAAGUAGAUCCGCAAUAGUUAAGAGAUAUCAUUGCUAACACUGAUCCUACCCUUGAGCCUCAUCCUGAAAUUGUGGAUUCAGUGAUCUGGACUUUGAAUUCAUCCGGUUGCUUUUCUGCCAAGUCUGCAUUGGAGGCUCUAAUAUCUUCAGCUCCUGAGGUGGGAUGGUAUCAUUUGCUUUGGCACAAGAGGCAUGUUCCGAGGUGGUCAUUUAUCCAAUGGGUGACCAUUCUGGGUAGGCUAAAUGCUAGAGACAGGUUAAUGGAUUGGGGAAUUGUCCAUGAUAGUAGCUGUGUUUUGUGCCUGGGGGGACGUUUGAAUCACAUGCUCACUUAUUCUUUUCCUGCCAAUUUUCUUCACGGGUCUGGUUAGGAGUCGGUUGGGCUAUUUCACUCAUGUUUGGUCCUAGCUUCUGAAGUUUCUUGCGGCUCCCAUUCCUGCAAGAAUAAGUCUGUUAGGGCCUCUCUGUGCAUCUAUAUUUACUACAUUUGGAGGGAGAGAAACAGGCUUAUCUUUCAACGGAUUGGGCAUGACUCUGGUUCUUUCAAAUCCUUCUAGAAGUCAAGGCCUGUUCAAGUUCAUGGAGGAAUGUUCCCAAGACAGUGGAUAACCUCAACAUCUCUAUGGAUUGGGGGAUUCCAGAUUCAAUUUUUUUUGUAGAGAUGUUUUCUUUUCAUUGGGAGUAGCUAGGGUUGUUCUUUGAGUGCCUUGUUUUUUGCUGCCUAGUUUUGUAGCUUAGGCUCUUUUUGUAUCCUGUUGCAGGGUUUUUUCCCUGUGUGUUUGGGCGUGGUCCCUUACAAAAUUGCCUGGUUCCCAAAAAAGUUUUCAUGUACCCUUGAAUAUGGGGUUUGUUGGUUUUGGUUAUUUUUCAGACUAUAAAUGUAGAUCGACGAUAGCGGUAGCAUAUAA